AUAUAUGUAUAACCUCAGCGCAGAUACCAAAAAGUGGUGGAAAACUCUUAAACUAAAUACGUUAUUACCCUUAUCAGAUUGGACUUAUGAAAAAACGUUAAAGGGAUAUGCAAUCCGUCGCCACUUUUCUAACUUAAGGCCUAGUUCUUGCUUUACAAGUUAACUAACGCCGCACUAUGUGAUUUAACAACGCUGGACUGAGAAUUUAUUUGUGGGGUUACGUGAAGUCGCUUGUCUGCACAGAUACACCCGAGACGAUUAACGCUUUGAGAGGGGAUAUUCGGCGCUUUAUUGCUAACCACCAAUUGCUGCAAAAAGUAGCCGAAAACCUGUACUGGAAUUUAAUCCAGUCAGCUGCGGCGGUCACUUGUCGGAAAUCACUUUUAAAACUUAAUGACAAUCUCUUUAUUAUAAAGCUAAAUUCUUGGCCAUAACAAAUAUUAUACUAUUUUGCUAGGCUUUUUAAUUAUUAUUUUAGCAUACAUAUAUUUUAUAUUUUAUGCAUUUUCAAAUAUAGUUUUUUUUUGUUUAAUAUUAAUUAUUUACAUUAUCGACCGUUUGCCACUUGUAUUUGUUCCACUAAAUCCACUGGGGACUCUUUAACUUGUUUACAACGGAAUCGAGACAUUGACAAGUAAACAAAGUUUUUCUAUGAUCAUUGUCAAAUGAAUAAAAAUAUAAACAAAUUUACAUAGCGCACAAACAACCAAACAGUAACAAACAAUAUUCCGUUAACACUGCGAAUAAGAAGUUACAAAAUAAAAAGGAAAAAACAAAGAUCCUUUGUUGUGGCGAAAAAAUAUAAUUUAAAGAUGGCUUUGCUGCAAGUUCCACCAAAUACCGAACAAGCUAUUGUGCUGAAUACGCCCAAUCGCAAUGAGAUACUCAAAGACGGACUGCCAACACACACCAAAUACAAAAUCCUGGGCCGUGGCGCCUUUGGCACCGUCUUCAAAGCGAUUUAUCGAGGUCAACCGGUGGCUGUGAAGAUCGUGCGAAAUGUGAGCAAAGCGAACGCGCAAUCGAUGCGCAGUGAAAUGCAUAUUUUGGGCUGGAAGCACCGCAAUAUUAUACGAAUUUUAAAAGUUGAAACUACGCUGAAUUUCGGCAUUGUCAUAAUGGAGAGGUUGGUGGGUCAAAGUUUGCAAGAUGUACUUGAGGCCACAGUGCUGCCACUGGAACAUAGAAUUUACAUAACACUAGACAUUCUGUCGGCCCUAUCUUAUUGUCACAAGCAGAAUCUACUACAUCUUGAUGUAAAACCACAGAACGUGUUGAUAUCUUUCGUUGGUGUACAACAACAUUUACGUGAUGAAACACUAACAACUGCUUUCAGUCGCCGGCAAUAUGUCUGUAAACUUUGCGAUUUUGGUGCUUCCUUGAAGAUUGACUCUCCGAUGACGUCACCUAAAGGCAAUGCGCGUGGCACCGUGCGUUAUAUGUCUCCCGAGGCAUUACGUGAGGAACCGCUCACAGCGGCCACCGACAUCUACUCACUGGGCAUCACCAUGUGGCAAAUGCGCCAGCGCCGUUUACCUUAUCACAUUAUUGCGUGCAAUGAAGUAGUCGCCUAUCAGGUCGUCAAAAAUAAGCUGCGCCCCGAUAGCGCAGCUCCAACCAAUCCAACAAACUGCACGAGUUUGUUGCAUGCGACCAUGGAUCGGCAUCAUAAAUGCUAUUGUGUCAACCUCACAGCGGAGGAGAUCACUUAUCACUCGUUGGUGCAUCUGACGAAUGUACUCAAUCGCACCAAACAACCCGAAGAACAGUUGCGCUUCUCCGAUUGCAGUGCGGAAGAGUUGCAUCAGUCGGCUGAUCGUCGGCCGUUCGCCUCAUUGAAUGGGAAAAUGAAUGUUAUGCGUAAUUUAAGCAACGAAUUGAAUUGUAGUAAGUCGCCGUUAGCCCAGAAGUCACCAACAAAUAAAAAACCGAUAAUAAUACGACAGCAACAACAACGCAGCACGAAGGGUGAUGUUGUGGAUCUGUUAGUGUUGUUUGAGGAUAUACUGCGCCUGCACGAUCGUGACGAGGAACAAAGUUAUGAAGCGAUUUACAAAGCUUGCUGGUGUGACGAGCCGAUGUUGCGUCCGAACGCUUUGCUGUUGCGCAAACGCUUGGUAGAGUUGCUGUAGUACUACUUUAUUAUUUUAUGUAUUAUACUAUAUAUGUAUUAUUAUUAUAGAUGUGCGCAGAUGGUAUUUUCAUAACAAAUGCUAUUUAUUAUAGUUUGUAGUUUAAUGUGUCGUUAUGCACUAGUUUUAUUUAUUUACUAUUAAAUUGUAAGUUUUUAAAAAGCUCACGAAAUAAAUAUGCGUAUUAAUUUUAGUUAGAAUAUACAAAA